ACUUUUCUCCAGAAGAGCUCUACAGGCGGUUCAGCAUGAUAAUAAUUGAAAAGCAAAUAGAGGACGAAUUCUUUAUUCAGAGUAAUUCUAUUUUUUUAAAUAUCCUGGGUGAAUUCUUUAGUUAAGUUUAAGGUGGUAUCAAAUAUAAAUCUGGUUGUAGGCGUCUUUAAUCACCCAGACUUUAUUCAAUCCAAUAUAAUAGCCCACUCUACUGUAGGUGGAAAUAAAUUUAAUAACACAAAUCACAUUGUGAUUGUGCACUGACUGAUUGGAUUGUUCUAAAUUAAUUGUCUUGUUAAUAAGAUAAUUCAUUCAUUGUUAAAGAUUGUUGAGCUGGAAAAUUGAAGUCAGCCUUAGGCUUGCUUGUUAUUUUGUAAUUAUUAUGUAUUUUUUAGGCAUAAUCAUAGGGACACUACUAAGACUAAGAAGUAGACCUAGUCCGACCCUCAUUCUUUUUAGUUUCACCUCUGCCUCUAGUUUCUAGCCUCUAUAAUUUAUAAAUAGUGUUGUUAAUUAAUAUUAAUAAUAGGGCUUUAGACUUAAUUAAGGUUAGGCAAUAGAUAGGCUAAUAGGAGUAGAAAACAUAUAUUAUAGGCACAUCCUAAAGCCUAAAUGAUCCUGUUUUUGCCAUUUUGCUGACAACACGUCAUCACCAAAUCACAAUUUAAUUUUUGAAAUAUCUGAUAAACAUCGGCAUGUUUAGGCAUGUAAUUGAUAAUUGCAAUGCAUAAUACCAGUAUUGCUGAGUAUUUUAAAAAAUGUAGUGUAUACAUGCCAUAAUACAUGCCCAGCGACCAGACAAAGAAGUUCUACUAGAGAUAUUUGUCCGGUGACUUUUGUCACAUGACUUUUGUUAGGCCUAUAUGCUGUAAACACUGUUUAAAUUGGUAUGAUAGAAAGUGUGUCGGGUUUAAGUCUGAGCCAAAGAGCAAAACAUGGUUUUGUAAAGGCUGCUUAAAAAAAUGAAUAAAUUUUGCCAAUAGCACUGUUAAAUAAAGCAUGAUAUGCCCGCCGGAUGAAUAUCUCCAGCACUAUUUGUCCUGUCGCUGGACGUGUAGCCACUACCUUAAAAAAUAUUAAAAAAUGCAACUAAGACUGCGUAGCAUUCACCUCUCUCAUCUUCUUUGGUGUUCUCUCAUAAUCUGAGCAAUAGCCGUCAAGUCCCUAUGCUCAAUUUUGUACUCUGCACUAAAUUUUAUUGGCAGUAAAAUCAUAAUAAUCCACCUGCAUGUAAUAAUAAUAUAUAAAUCAAAAAGGUCAACAUUGAUAAAACUGAGUUAACUAUGACCGUUCAUUAGUUGAUAUUUUUACCAAGUUAGGAUAAUCAGUUGACCUCUACACUUUUUAAGUUAUUGUAAUGAUCAUCCCAUUAUUAUGCUGAAUAAAAUGAAAAUGUAAAAAAAAUUUGACACGUAAAUUAACAAGUAUCAAAGUCAAAGAAGCAAUUUUAAUUAUUUACUGGUAAUUAUGUAAAAAUAUAAUCGACAGAAUAAGAUCACAAACUGAGGUGGUGCAGUCCAUAAUCAUAGUUACCAGGGACAAAUUAUUUCCGUCAGGGCGCGGACUGAAAGAUAUAAAAAUUCUUUUGUUCCCCAAUCUGUACGAAUUUACCAGCGUGCUCCCCCUGAAGUCACAAAUCUUAAUGAGAACUAAUAAAUCCCUGAUUUGGCUAAGAGAACUCAUGGAAUGGCUGCUAGUGAAAAAUUUUAUUACUAAUGUCUUGUGUUCUAAUUGUUUUUUGUUAAUGUGCUGAAAAUGUACUUGUUACAUAAUCAAUAAAUCAAUAAAAUAAUCAAUAAAAUAAUCUUAUCUUAUAUAUUGUAACAAAAUCACAUUUUCACAGUAACGUUUUUACUCAAAAACUACUAAAGCUACUCAAUUUUUGUUUAAGUUUGUUCUAUACAACUAUAAUUUUAUAAUAUUUUUUGUUGAAGCCGCUAAGGGUACAUUUCAAUGAUUCAUCCCAAUUAUGUGUAGAAGUAAGCAUUGCGCUCUACCCAUUGUUUCACAUACUUAAUGUGUGUCUCAUCCUAUCCACCACCUGCCUUAGUAAUUUUUUUUUUGCUGGCAUCCGUCCGUCACAAUGUGACAAUGGAGUGGGCUUCGUAGGAUGAAAUCCACAUAGCCUGGGAUUAUUAUACUUGAAGGAUUAUAAGCUGGUUCCCAACAGCAAAUCGCCUCUCUCCACGCCGCUGGGUAACCCAAGGGAACAUCAUUGGAUGAUACUCGAACCGUGGUCACUGCAGCGUCCUCAACAGCCUUACAAAGUAAGUAUCAAUGUUAUCCGCCUUUCGGGACUCCAUCUCCGGGUUUGAUUUCAGAGUUUCCUUCUCUUAGAUGAGUUGCCGUCCAAGGUUAACGAGUCCCAUCUACCCGGGGUGCUGGUGAUGUUUUUGCUCUAGCUGGAAUUGAACUCCAGACCACCAACUUGAGAUUUGCUCAGUUUAGACCACUCGGCCACCCAGCACCCAAUUAGUAAUUUAGGCUAUUCUUAUUUGAUUGUUAGAAUGUACGGCUUUAAAAUUGUGGAGGCUAAAUCAGAAUCAUUAGGUUUAAUUGUAUUUAUUAUUUAAUAAUCAGAAAAAAAUUGCCUAUUUGAGCUUGACUAAACUCUUAGCCUACUAAGCACAUGGGCAUGCACUCAAGGGGCAAAGCCUGAAUUUAGGCCGGAAAAAGUAUUGUCUCAAGAACUUGUCAUCCAUGUUGAUGUUUCUAAAUUUGUAGUCAUAAAAAAUGCAUUGCAUCCCCCACACUUACUCAUGUAUACUAUACUGGUUUAGGCCUAUGAUUAUUACUAUCACAUAGUGUUGGCUAGACAUAAUGAUACAGUGACGUUAUGUCUGUCAUAGAAUAUAGAGAUACUCAGUGAAGAUAGACACAGCAUACUGCACAUCCUUUCAUUUGGACCAAGAUGUGGCUUUUUGUCUCCAUACACGUACGUGUGAUCACUUAACCUUAUUUUCUGUGUAUUCCCUGACCCCUCAGGUUAAUAACCCUUGCUCUUGACCAUGUAUAUACAUUUCAGUGAACAGGAUCAUUACCCGCCUGCUCACAACCUGCUGUGAAAAAGGUGGUCAACUGGUUGGGGCUCAUCACAUCUAGCUAAUCAUUGAUGGGUUGCUGCCUCUAUGUUUUCAGUCUGGUUUCUCUAAUCCUCUCCACUGAGUAACUUGACUGAUCUAGUUGCAAGGCGGCUGUUUUAAUCCAUCUAGCAUAUGUAUUUUAUUUCUAUAUUACCUGACCUCUGGUGAGUGUUCCCCUAUCAUCCACCUGCGGAUGAGUUCCAUGGUGAUUAACUACUUUUGUAAAAUUAUUUACACUGUAGGAGUAAUGUUUUAUCACAUCUGUCUAUUGGAGAUGCUUUAACAUGUUUUUAUUUAUUGCAGCAAGGAAUAAAAAAACCAGCAUCACAUAUAACCUUAUAAGAGAAGUUUAUGCCAUGCCCAAAUGUCAUGUAUCUGCACUUAUGUGCAGAUUGAUUUUAGUUGGUCAGCAGAGUUCUCAGCGCCAAAUUUCAAGUUGGUCCUGUUUGGUUUCCCAUCCAAUUAAAAAAGAGCCAAAAGAAGUGACGUGGUCUAGAAAAAGGUAUACUCGUUUGGUGAGUUGAGAAUUUGUGUAUGUUCACAAUUUAUAUUAUGUUAUGCUAGUUCGUUAAAAUGAGUUGAUCUGUAAUUUUAAUAAAAUUUUGAUUUCAAUCACAUACAAAUUUUUCUCCAUAGCUUGCAACCAAAGCAGCUGCAACUACCCCCAAAUGUGCGUCAACUAAGUCACCAACAGAUCCUCAACCUAUCAAAGUGUUAGAAAGUGUAAAAAAUGAUGGAGAGGUACCAGUACAUACAGUCGAUAUUGAUAAGGAAGAUUUUGUGACUUUGCACUUUAAAAAAACAAGCCGGCUGAUUAAGAUAAAAGCAAAGCAUGUUGCUGAGAAUACAUCGUUGCACAUACAGCAUAAUAAAGAUUUAUAUCACCUGGACAAAUUGUCCUCGACCAAUAUCAGCUGGGCACCCUUUGCCGGCUCAUCACGGCCACUGCCGUCCUCAUCCCUGAAAAUCACUGUCAGAGAACCAGGGCCAGACAAGACUAACCCAGGCACCAACAUUGAGUCAAUUCAUGAUGUGGAGUGGCGAGAACAGAAAUUUGAACCAAAGAAGCUUGUAGAGUAUUACAAGAUGUUAUCCAAAAUACGACUUACUGGUAAGGUUUCAUUAUGCUCUCAAGGUGAAAGUUUUUUUAAUCGUUCAUUUAUCUAUAAAGAGAAAGUAAAUAAAAUGGAAGAAUCAUUCUGAGAAUAGCCGCUAUCUGCUUGCUACGGAAAGAAGUCCACCUGCUCUGUAUAGUGCAUUGAGCAACAAUUUUUGCAUCUUUUUUACAGCAUUUUUAAGGCUGAUGUCCGUCUUUUGAACAUUUUUCACUCUGAGUCUAUGUUAUAGGGGAUUCCCUUGGGUGGUAUCCAUUGUAAUUAAAGUUGUACACUUCAGUGGCAGAUAUCUGGAAAGCAUAUUUUGGAAAAGCCAUUUCCAUUUCCAGGCUCUGCAGUACUCCAUAGAACUUUUUUGUUGACAUGAACAUUGUAGCUGAUCCCCUUUUUAAAAAAAGAUAUUUUGGAUGGGAUAAUGUAAGACUGUCUACUUUAUUGCCUCAAAAUUUGGCAGUAAUGAUGGUGCAGGCAUACAGUUGAAGGUUACUAGUUUCAUUUGGCUCUGACCAAAUUGAAUUCAUCCAUUGAAAAAAAAAGAAUUUUUUUUUUUUCUUUGCUGAUUUGAUUAUUAUAUUAUAAUUAAUAUAGUAAAGUAAUUUUAAAAAGUUCAUUUAAUUUUUUUCAAAAAGGAUUGGUUGUUUUGACAACCAUGUCUGGCUAUUGGAUAGCCCCUGGGUCAUUUCAUCCUUCUACAUUUGUCUUAUGCUCUGUUGGAACUGCUCUGACAUCCUGUGCUGCAAACUCUGUUAAUCAGGUAAUUAAUGUGAAAAUUUGAUUUUGAUGAAAUCCUCCAUCAACCUGUAGCAUGUUAUAAAAAUACUCAUCUAUCAAUAAUAGCAAAAAAAAAAAUAUUUUUAAUGUUUAUUUAUUGGGCAUUUAUUUACAUUGUUUCAGUUUUUUGAGGUACCUUAUGAUUCUCAGAUGAAUCGGACAAAAAAUAGAGUCCUAGUCAGAGGAUUACUCAGGUAGGUCUUUUUUUCAUAUUUAGAUUUUAAAGCAUACACUAUUAUGAGCAUUUAACCCAGUUGCUAACUUCACAAAGAAUUAAAUUCAAAAGGACCCACUGCUAACAUCGUAAUGCUCAAUAGUUUUAUACUGCUUUCAGUCCCCUUCAUGGUGUUGGGUUUGCAGUUGUCUCUAGCACGGUUGGCCUCUCACUGCUUUACUUCGGCGUCAAUCCGGUUGUGGCAGGGCUAGGUGCGUUUAAUCUGGGCUUGUACACACUGGCGUACACACCCCUGAAGCGUAUCAGCAUGAUCAACACCUGGGUGGGCUCACUGGUUGGCGCCAUUCCACCCAUGAUGGGUUGGGCAGCAUGCACUGGAAGUCUUGAGCCAGGUAAUGUUGACACUAAAUAGUUUAAGACACAAGCAAAGAUGUGUGACAUGAACGUGUGGACACUAGCAAAGAUGUGUGACACGAAUAUUUGGACACUAGCAAAGAUGUGUGACAUGAAUGUGUGGCCACUAGCAAAGAUGUGUGACAUAAAUGUGUGGACACUAGCAAAGUUUUAACUGGUGCGUGAGAGUUUUAGCAAUAGUUUAUAAAAAUUGAGUGAAGCGAUCUGUGAACAUUUAUUUCAAAUUGCUAGUAAUCAAACUACUACGAUCACUCAAUUGCAUAAAUUUAAAUUACUAUGGAAACACCAUUUUAUUACAGCUAGCUAUCAGUAGCUUAUAACUUACGAAUUUUAUUAGUUAAUUAUUGCUUCAUUUAAAUUUAAUGUUCAUAAAAUUUCCUUUCUUUGUUAAAUAUUUUAUAAGAAUAUUUCAGCUAUGUAAAAACAAAUCUCAGAAAAGUUGUACAUUGACAUAUAGAUUUUUUUUAGUAGCUAAUCUUUAUUUCCUGCUCUUUACUAGGGGCUUGGCUGCUGGCAGGAAUUCUCUUCUCGUGGCAGUUUCCUCACUUCAAUGCUCUCAGCUGGAACCUGCGACCUGAUUAUUCAAGGGCAGGCUACCGUAUGAUGUCUGUUGUUGAUCCAGCUCUGUGUAAACGUGUUGCGCUGCGUCACUGCUUCAUUUUGACAGCUUUGUGCUUAGCGGCCGCACCCCUCGGUGUGACCACUUGGAUGUUUGCGGCCGAUUCCCUGCCUCUUAACAUGUACCUGUGCUACCUUGGCUGGCAGUUUUACCGUAAAGGGGAUAGCAAUUCAUCUCGCAAGCUCUUUCGUUUUACACUUGUCCACAUACCGGCUUUGUUGCUGCUUAUGGGUAUUAGCAAGGCGACCUUUGGAAGUCUUGAUAAAGAAAGCAAAGUAACGCCACAAAGUGAAAGUAUUUCCUAAUCUAGGUUUAUCUCUGUAUGAGGGUUGCAAGUGUGAUGAUUUUAAUUUAAUUUGGAUGUAUUUCUUUAUGUAAUGUUUUUUUUUACUUACAGCUUUAAAACAGCAGCAUAAAAAAGAUGUUGACUUGGUACAUUAUGUUUUGGGGUCAUACAAGACAAGAGAUUAAAUGAUGUUCACUUGAUUUGAUUCCUAAAGGAACUAGGAGUCAUCAGUAUUUAUUCUUGUUUAACAAAACAGCAGCCGGUGGAGUGGCAUUGGCCCAUGCAUUAAUGGUAGAUGUUUAAGUCUAUCAAAACAAUAUUAAUGAAUUAAUACAACGAUGUUGACAGCCUUGAUAAGUUUACCAUUGUGUUGCAGAGCCAUUUUCCUCUCAGGUAAAAAGAAAAAUGUCCUUUCCAUUAUGAAGUAAAAGUUGAUUUGUUUUGCUUGUAUAUACAUUUUGUUGUGAUUAACAAAUGUUCAAAGCAAGUGACAGAUGUCAAGAUCAACUUUGACAGACCUGAACACUACUCACAAAUGAAAAUUUAUGACACAAUUCCUUUAGUUAAUACAAAUUGAAUCUGUGAUAUCGACAGUAAUGCCCUUCUUGUGAAGUCGGUGGUCUCUUCCAAGAGAUAUAAUGGCAGCAUAUAAAUGUUAUAUCAUCUGUCGGUUAAUGUGUCAGAAUUGAUUUAAGUAAUGGCUGGGCGGCACAGUAACUAAGGGACAAGUAUGCUGAUUGUAACGGACAAUGUUUUCACAUGAAAACAGAGAGGUAGCAUGAGUGAAUGGUGUUGACCAUGUUUUGUCCACGAGGACAAUGGAUUGUAUUUUGAAGGGCAAAUGUGAGCUCCACGUUUUUGGAGAGUAAAAGAGCAGUAGAGAACAGUAGAGCUAGGAGAGCUGUGUGAUUUGAUUAGACAGUUGAGCUGAGUUGUAGUAGGGUGAGGAUGUGUCUUUCUGAAUGAUGGAAUACUAUAAUAUAUACAUGUGAAAUUAUUUACAUUCAUGCAAGGAUUACUAUUAUUAUCAGUGUCAAGUGUGAUUCAAUAAAGUACUGUAAGGCUUAACCAGAAUUGAGUAUUCUUCUUUGCGUGCCUGGAUAAUAAGUGGAAGAAUGAAGAAGUCUUAGUCGGCAUCCUGAAGUAUUAACAUAAGUAACCAUACUACUGACAUAACCCACAGCAUAAGAAAUAAGAUCCCACGCCAUGUCAGAGUAGAUGUGUUACACUGAUGGUCUGGUAUUCAAUGCUCAGCAAUACACCAGUCCUACACCAACCUGUUGGAUGAAAAACUCUCUAAUCAAAGCAUAAAGAACAUGGUGUGGAGGGCAUUCUUGCGCCUAACAAGGUGCAACAGCUCAAUGAAUGGAAUAUAAUGGUGGUGUGGAGGGCAUUCUUGCCCCAAACAAGGUGCAACAGCUCAAUGAAUGGAAUGUAACGGUGGUGUGGAGGGCCUUCUUGUGCCAAACAAGCUGCAAAAGCUCAAUGAAUGGAAUAUAACGGUACCAGAAAAAAUAUGCUUUCGGAAACGUGACCUUUUUUUUUUCCCUUGAUUUUUUUGCUCAAUGCUCUGGGAUUAUGUUUGUUUACUGCCAGCCUUGGAUACAGAUAGUUGUAUAAUAAUGAUGCCCUUUCUUUCGGUCAUGUUGGCCCUUAGCAGGCAUUAGUAUUUGUACUUUUACAUAGGCUUUGAUUUAAAUGCAAAUCUUUUUUAAGUCUAUUGCUGUGUCAGUUGUUAUUCUUUUUCUGUUCCAAACAAUGGCCUUCACCUUCAAGGUUACUCUCCUCAUUUGUUUUCAUACACUUCAAUUUUUUCUGUACAUUUUGGUAGUUUGCUUUUUAAUAUCAAAUAUGCUAAUGUUACUAUUAUUUCAAUGACAUUUUCUUUUGCGAUACUUUUUCCUAUUGUAAAUGUAGGCCAUUUAUACUCCAGUGUAAAUGUAGAACUAUCAUAACCUCUAAAAUAUACUGAGCCAUGUCUCUAUGCAUUUUGAUUGCACCAUGUCUCUCAAUAGAUUUAGUUUUAUUUUAAAGAACUCCUCACAGGGUUAGAACAAAAAUGUUCAAGAAUUCAGCUCAUAAAUCAUUUUUAUAACUCUUUGCAUUUUAAAUGCUUGAUCUUAUGUAGUUUUCAUAACUGUUGUGUGUAUAUGUUUAGAAGCUAAAUAAUUUUUUUUUAAAAAUAGGAUUGCUUGCAUAUUUAAUUUGCUAAAAUGUAU